AUGUUUGCGUGCUACCUCCUCACGCCGCAGACGCCCACGCAGACAGGCAAGCGGUCGCUGCACAUGAAGCACACGUACGUCGGCUUUACGAUGACGCCCAAGCGGCGCCUGCGCCAGCACAACGGCGAGAUCGUCCAGGGCGCGAAGAAGACGGCCAAGUACCGUCCAUGGGACAUGCUCAUCGUGGUCUAUGGCUUUGCAUCCAAGGUGCAAGCGCUGCAGUUCGAGUACGUGUGGCAGCACCCGUACAACAGCCGCUUCACCAAGACCGCGAUGGCCAGCGCCAGGCACGUCAAGCGCUACGGCGGUAUGCGCUCCGUACGACGCAAGCUCAUUGAACUGUACUUGAUCUUGGCGCUGCCGCCAUGGAACGAGCUGUCGCUCACGCUCUCCUUCACGACGCCCGAGAUACAAACGCUAGCAGCGUCGAUUGCACCAAGCGAGUUGCCUCCGAGCAUGGUAACGCAGGUCGCGACGCUCGACACACUGCCACACGGGCCGCCGGGCAAUGAUGACGACGGCGACGAUGAUGACGCGCGGUGCUCCAUUUGCAUUGGCCCGUUCCACGAGAAUGACGCGCGACUCAUGUGCUAUCACGUUGACUGCCCGAUGCGCGCGCACAUUGACUGCGCCCACGAGUGCUUUCCUGACGACGAUGAUGACCAACUGCACAGCGAAAAGCACGGGUAUUGCCCAUACUGCGACAACGAGCUGCACUGGGCGACUCUACUCCUGCAUGCGUCCUCGUCGACACUGCUGCUGCCACCCGCGAAGAAGAAACGCCGCGUGAGGACGGCAUCGUCGCAGAGCCGGCCAGAGCCGCCCCAGAGCCAGCCAGAGCCGCCCCAGAACCAGCCAGAGCCGCCCGACGCGACAAGUGCUGCUGCAAGCCUGGAUGCUUCGGCGCCAUCGCACACCUCCCAUGCCGAACUCAUUCUCGUAUCCGACUCGGACGAGCCGUCGAUUUUUCAGGCCGGCGAUGGACGGGGCAUGGACCCGGGACCUCUGCGCGUGGACCCACCGGAUCUCGCCAACAGGCUCUUGGACCUUCCGAGCCCAACACACAUCGAUACCGCCGCCCCCCGCCCCCGCCCCAUCUUUCCGGGGUCACCGAUUUGGCAUGGCGAAGCAACGUCUGUGCACCAUCGUGUGCGCCGGCCGCGCGCACCACCGUCACCGCCACCUGCUCCCAAAGCCGUCGAGCUCAGCGUACUCGUGCUGUCUGCCAGCAUGCUCUGGGUUGUUGGCGCUCUCACCACGCUCUGGCUGGUGCGCUUUCCCUUUGCUAUUUAUCCGCUCUCGACGAUCGCGCUGUUCGUCUGUCCGCAGCUGCUCUUUUACAGCCUAGUCAAAGCCCUUUUUGCGUAG